CCGCGACCCCUGACACAAGCGCGCCGCGCGUGUUCCCCGCUGCGACCGCAACCGGCAUCAUCACGCACGGAGCGCUAGUAUACGGCGGGGUCGGUGGCCCGGGCCUUUGCCCUCCGAGAGGCUCCGACCUCCCGCCUUUGGAGCUCGGCUUCCGCGGCGGGUGGCGGGAUGACGAGCUGCUGCCGUCCACCCCGGCCAGCCAAGCCGCUUCGACCCAGAGCGGAUCCUCCGCUACGGACAAGGGCCAGAACGUGGAAUGUGUCGUCUGCGGCGACAAAUCCUCGGGCAAACACUACGGCCAGUUCACUUGCGAGGGUUGCAAAUCCUUUUUCAAGAGGUCCGUCAGAAGAAACCUGACGUACUCCUGCAGAGGAAACAGGAACUGCCCCAUUGACCAGCACCACAGGAACCAGUGCCAGUACUGCCGACUCAGGAAAUGUCUCAAAAUGGGCAUGAGGAGAGAAGCUGUACAAAGAGGCCGAGUGCCACCAACGCAACCUACCGGCCUCGCCCUCCCUGGUCAGUUUGCCCUCGCAAACGGAGACCCCGCAGCCGGCCUCAACAGCCAUCCCUACCUGUCCUCCUACAUUUCCCUGCUCCUCCGAGCAGAGCCAUACCCAACCUCAAGAUACGGCCAGUGCGUUCAGCCUACCAAUGUGAUGGGAAUAGACAAUAUCUGCGAGCUUGCCGCGAGGCUGCUGUUCUCCGCGGUGGAGUGGGCGAGGAAUAUCCCGUUCUUCCCCGACCUUCAAGUGACCGACCAGGUCGCGCUCCUGAGACUAGUCUGGUCGGAGUUGUUCGUGCUCAACGCGUCCCAGUGUUCUAUGCCGCUGCACGUGGCUCCGCUGCUGGCGGCCGCGGGUCUGCACGCCUCGCCGAUGGCGGCAGACCGAGUGGUCGCCUUCAUGGACCACAUACGAAUCUUCCAAGAGCAAGUGGAGAAGCUGAAAGCGCUUCACGUCGACUCGGCGGAGUACUCCUGUCUGAAGGCCAUCGUCCUCUUCACGACAGAUGCCUGCGGGCUAUCAGACGUGCCACACAUAGAGAGUCUACAAGAGAAGUCUCAGUGUGCACUUGAAGAGUACUGUCGGAGUCAGUACCCGAACCAACCCACGCGCUUUGGUAAGCUGCUCCUGCGGCUACCAUCGUUACGGACGGUCAGUUCACAAGUGAUAGAACAGCUGUUCUUCGUCCGGCUCGUAGGGAAGACUCCCAUCGAGACCCUGAUUAGGGACAUGCUCCUCUCCGGUAGCUCUUUCUCGUGGCCGUACAUGGCGACCAUGUGACAUACGAUGUGGAGACAGCUGGCGGCGGCCUGAUCGACGCCUUACGGCUUCCCGCCGUACCUGCCGAGCCAGCGCUUCGACCCGUUCCAGAGGUACCAGAGAGAGGCAGAGGACGCGGUGACGUCAUCCAGCGAGUUCCACGAGAGCACUGAGAACGCGACCGCUUCUGAGGAGUACUUCGGGUCGAGGACCAGCAGAGACAGCGAGAGAGCCGACCCUUGCCCGACCUUCGAUCCCAUUUCGGCGUUCUACGCGCCGAAGACGACCGAACCAGAAUCUUUUGAGGCGCCCCCGACCUCAGCGGGCACGGACAAGACCGGGAAGACUUCCAUGACGAUCGACAACCUCCUGAACAUCCGGAGCCAGGAACCAUGCGUGGUGCCAGACAUGAAAUAAGACGAUUAGUGCAUAAGUGGGGUCAGUAGUGUCUAUUAGUUCAAGUUUUCCUUUGUUCCUCUGUAAAAAUAUAGGCUAGAUUUAAUAUUUAAUACUGUAAAUAAAAGUUUUUAUUAUUGUAAAUGUAUAGUUAAUGUGAUAAGGUAUGAGAGAACUGUUUUCUACAAUUGUGGACGCUCUUACACAAUGUUUCUGUGUCCAGACUACGUGUUUCCAAAGUGUUUGAACUCAGUGUUUUUUUAUUUAAACUGUUAUCUUUAGGUAUCAAUCUUGGAUUGAUGAAGCGCAAUAAAUUGUACAUUGGACGUGCAAUGUUGGUGUGAAUUGUGUAGUUAUGUAUGUAUAGAGAUAAAUAUUUAAUAAGGGUUUACAUGCCCCAGAUUUUCAAAUAUGCGUCCCUCUACUUAUCUUUGUUUAUGGAGAAUUCGUUUUAUUUGGAAUAAUAGAGACACAGACAGAAAUUUUUAAAUAUAAUUAAAUUGAAAAUUUGAA